AUGAGAAAGAUUGGAGCCUUGGUGUCUGCCUUGUCGGAGAAGAAGGCAGUGUGGCCAGAGAAAGUCAAGAUCGAAUUCUUGGAGGAGACAAACCAAGGUCAGCCCAAAGUCGCGCAAUGGAGGCCGCACAGUGAAUACUUACAUCAAGUUUUCCAAGAAGCUGGUUUGAGCAUGGGCGACUUCAACAUUUUCUACAAGGACAAGGAUGGAGAGCAAAUGUUGCUUAAGCCCACGAAGAUGGGCGUUGAAGACUUCCUCCAUGAUCAUAGUGACCCGCCACGUUUGCAGGUGAUAUGGCGCCCUUUGACGAUGGUUGAGAAAGGCAACACAAAGAUUCAGACGGCCAAGGCCUGGUUGACAGGGCAAGGAUCUGCCACUGAUGAGGCCGUGAAAGAUGCACAGGACAAGGUCGAGACGAAUGGUGGCAGGGUCGUUCCAAGCCGCUGUGGCUCGGGCCGUGGCUUCAUCCACCACAAGGGUUACAAGAUCGAGUGCUGGAAGGAGGCGGUGGAUGGCAUUAAGGAUGAGCUCAACUUAACACCGGAGAAGGCCCGCGGCCUGCAAAAUGCAGCCCUUCUGGAUGAAGGGAAAGGGGUCUCCCAAAAUCUGGACCGAGAGGGAAACAAGAUCACUCUGUCUUAUGCUGCUUACAGCACCGUUACUCAUGAUGACAAGAUAGACAUUGUCUAUGGGAACCAUGUGGAAACGAUGGAAGUGAGCCCAUCCGGCACAUCUCUACCGCCAGAAAACUGCAUCCAGUAUGGUGGCCGCACGUUCUCAGUGUGGCCGCCAGGGCCUCCGCACAGCACCGAGGCUGGACACGACAUGGAUGGAUUGCAUGUCGACCUGCCUCCUGGGUGGCAGAUCGUGGAUUCCUCGCAAGAAGGCUUCGAAAGCAUCCGGAAGUGGGUGAUUGCACCGUAUGGAUGGCAUACGAUAGAUCUGGUGACAAAGAGUGGAGAGACGCUGAAGGCAUGGCACACAAGGCGAGGCGGCAGUGUAGCAGGAGAUUUCGGUGGCGACUUAUCCAAUCAGGUCUCACUGCGUGGCCAAUCCAGCUUCAAAUUCAACACUAGUGGCUCCUACCGCAUCUUGAUCGAAGCAUUGCCAUCCGCCAGUCCCGAGCUCAUUAACCACUGGAAGCGCUACGUCGAGCUGUCAGCCCAGCGCGAGUGGUCCCAACGCCUCAGCCUGCCGAUGGCUGGAGUGCUCUCAGCCGAGCAGCAGCUGAGUGAGCCAUCGCAGCCAUCGCCUUGA